GAUGGAUUCUAUGAUUAACAAACGAGUGGUGACCAAUGGUACAUUACCAACCACGACAGGAUUGACUGAUUCAACAAAGGCAACAAGUACUGAUCUUCCACUUGAAAAGGAAUUUCAAGUUUAUAUCGAUCCUCUCAAGACAGCCUUGGUAACGAAAUAUCGAAGUCCUAAAACUGGAUUAACCGUGAUGCAUGUGGAUAUUGACAGUCCUCUUGUGAACGGAUAUCUUGCAUUGGCAACUGAAGCUUUCGAGGAUUCUGGCGGCUUUCAUUGUUUGGAACAUCUCGUGUUUUUGGGAAGUGAACAAUAUCCAUACAAGGGUGUAUUAGAUUCACUUGCCAAUCGAGCUAUUGCGCAAGGCACAAACGCAUGGACUGAUGUUGAUCAUACCUGUUAUACUAUUACUACCGCUGGAAGUCAAGGUUUUCUGGAUUUGUUACCUAUUUAUGUCGACCAUAUUCUUUAUCCCACCUUAACGGAAAGUGGUUGUCAUACUGAAGUUCAUCACAUCAACGGAAAGGGUGAAGAUGCUGGGGUUGUCUACAGUGAAAUGCAGGGAUAUCAAAAUACUGAGGAGGAUCGAUUAAACCUUCGAAUGAAACGAAUCAUGUAUCCUGAAAACUGUGGCUAUCGAUCCGAAACGGGUGGUCUGAUGGAAUGUCUUCGUGAAUUAUCUGUAGAAAAAAUUCGCUCUUAUCAUCAAUCGUAUUAUCGUCCUGAUAAUCUUUGUUUGAUUAUUACUGGCAAGGUGGAAGAAUCAGCAUUGAUGAAGGCAUUGGAACCUAUUGAAGCCAAUAUUAUCAGUAAAGGUCCUUUACCUGAAAUGGAGCGUCCUUGGUUUAAAUCCGGCAUUUUCCCUGAUUUGAAAGCUAAUGUGGAGGAAACUGUUUUAUUCCCCGAUGAAGAUGAAUCUAUGGGUAGCGUCUUACUUGCAUGGACUGGUCCUCUUUGUCAUGAAUAUUUUCAAUUGAAAGCUAUAAAAGUUUUGAAUGCUUAUCUUACGGAAUCACCAGUUUCUGUUUUACAAAAAGAGUUUGUAGAAAUAGAAGAACCCCUUUGUACAGAUGUGGAGUUUCAAGUGACGGAUCAUCUGAAAACUACGCUUAUGUUUACUGCCUCAAGUGUACCUAUUGAAAAAAUGGAAGAACUUCCUUCACUUUUUUUUGCUACUCUCCAACGUCUGGUGGAUGAACAAGAUAUUGAUAUGGAACGCAUGGCCACUGUUAUUGACAAGGAAUUACAAAGGAUUCUUGACAGUGCUGAAACAGAUGCUCAUGAUACUUCUGCCAAUGUUUGUAUUUAUGAUUUCCUUUAUGGUUCCAAAGAUGGUGAAGAACUUCGAAAUUCAGUCAAAGAUCAUGAAUAUUUGGCACAACUGGAGAAAUAUUCUGUCUCUGAUUGGUUGGAUGUGAUUGAAAGGUACUAUUUGAAUGUACCACAUAUUACCUUGCUUGGAAAACCAUCUGCUGAAUUUGCUGAUCAAUUGGCGGAAGAAGAACAACAUCGUGUGGAAAAGCAAUGUGAAGAUCUUGGGGAAAAGAAAUUAGAAGAAUUACAAAAGAAAUUGGAAGAUGCUAUGGCCAAGAAUGAUACACCUUUACCUUCAGGCAUUUUGGAGAGCUUUAGAAUUCCACCUGUUUCGUCCAUCAAUUUUAUCAAUGUGAUAUCUGCUAGAAACAAUGCUGCUGAUGAUAUUUCAAACGUUGUACAAAUGCAUGUUAACAAGGAUAAUACUGCUGAUGUACCACUAUUUAUUCAAUACGACCAUAUUCGAUCUGGGUUUGUCAAAGUGGCUGCCCAUAUUGCUACCUCUUCCAUUCCUUCCCAUUUGCUUCCUUAUACUCGAUUAUUCUUGAAAGCCAUCUUCUCAUUGCCAGUAGAACGGAAUGGUAUUCUGAUUCCUUAUGAAGAUAUUGUCAAAGGAUUAAGUGAAGAUACUUUGGAAUAUGAUGCAUCACUUGGCACUUCUAGUGGGUUCCGUGAACUUGCUGUUUUUACGUUAAAAGCAAAGGCUUCCAAAUACGAACAAGCAGUACAAUGGCUCGAAGAUAUCCUUUGGAAUACUCAAUUUACUACGGAAAGAUUAAAGGUGGUAACUCAUCAAAUUUUGAAUGAUAUUCCUCAAGCAAAACGGGAUGGACAUAGUAUGGCCAAUGCUUGUCUCCGUGCUUUCCAGUACAAUGCCAAGAAAUCAGCUAGUGCUGCUCGAAAUGUUCUUUUCCAAACUUCCUUUUUACAAGACGUUGCUCACAAGUUAGAAAAUGAUCCAUCCAGUGUUCUCUCUGAUUUGAAUGAAUAUCGCCAAGCUUUGUGCAGUCCCAAUAACAUCCGUAUCCAUGUCACAGGUGAUAUCUUGAAAUUAGAAGCUCCUCGUACUGCAUUCAAGAACUUUGCAAAAUUAAAUGCUGGAUCCUUGGUACCUGUACCUUUAUCUCGUGAUGGUCUUAGUGCAUCUGGUCUGGAACCUGGUCAAAUUGCUUAUGUUGUUAAUUUGCCAUCUAUUGAAAAUUCGUUCUCAGUACACAGUGCCAAAUGUCCACAUCGAUUUGAUGAUCCAGAUAUUGCACCUCUUUUGGUGAUGAUUGAACUUUUGAAUACAAUGGAAGGUUACUUUUGGAAACUCAUUCGUGGUCAAGGUCUUGCUUAUUCUUGUUUCUUGGAUGCCAAUGCUGAAGCGGGUCUACUUACAUUUACCAUUUACCAAUCUCCUGAUGCUUUUAAGGCAUUUGAACAAGCGAAGGUGGUGAUUGAUCAAUUGAUCAGCAAAGAGGUGCCCAUUGAACAAACUGCCGUAGAUGGUGCCAAAAGUGCUGUAAUUUAUAGUAUGGUUGAUCGUGAAGAUACAAUGAGUCGUGCUGCUUUACAAUCUUUUGUCAAUCAAGUGUUACGUCAAGUACCUGCUUCUUACAAUCGUGAUUUGUUAUCGUCCAUUCAAGCCACCACUGUGGAUGACCUUUAUCGGGUAUUGAAAACAUACUUUAUCAAUAUGUUCAGAUCUGAAAGUUCGAAUGUGGUCGUGGUCAGCUCUCCUACCAAGACGGCAGAUAUUCAAAAAGGUUUUGAAGGUCAUGGAUUUGCUAUCAAGGCGAUCAGUUUGAAUGAUAUUUCUUUCGAUGGUUUGGUGUCUCGAUAGAAUGGGAUAGAUAGAGAAUAAUAAUAAAAAAAAUGUAUACUUAGAUUAGGGAUUUCUUCGUUUAGUUUUUGUUAUUUUAUAUGUUAUUCUAUAGUUUGUUUUGAUCAGU